GUCUCCGCCAGCUGAUUGCUCGUCUGCAACAUGCUCCUCAUCCUGGUCGUCACAGCUGCAGCCAGCCUGCUGCCAGGUGUGACGGCUCAAUACACUAAUGAAGUGGACAUCACCACGUGUCCUAUUAAGUUCUAUGGAAAGAAUUACACCACACUAUCUGUAAACAUCACUGAUGGACGAGCCGCACUCUGCUUCAACGGCCAGUACGUCAGUGGAAGCCCAAACGACUGCUUAAUGAUUUAUCGAGAACAUGCAAAUCAAGGUAGCAAGGAAAUAGAACAAAAUAGCUCAACAAAUCUAUGGUCGCUGUAUCUGACGAAUCUGGAAGGUUUUAUGGGGAUAUCAACGUGCGCCACAAGAGUGCUCGUGCGCAAUGACAGCAAUGCUGACCUGAUCCAGGUCGAGUUCCGCCAUUUUGGAAAUCAGCAAGCUGUACGUCUGACCUUGAGAGAGACAGGGAGCCCGAGCGAUCAUGCCAUUGCCAUGGUCAACGGAGAGGAAAUAGACCGUUGGAACAUCACAGAUCCAAGUCCAAACUACAGAGACUUGAGUGGCUGCAGAUACGAAGAUGAGUUUUACGCCAGGGACACCAUGACUUGUGACUCACAAGGCACCUUCAUUAAUUGUAACGCAACAGCACACCUUGACGCCAUCCCUCAAAUAAAUGACUACUGUGUGCAAGGUGCCAUCUGCACUGUGACGGGUUCCACCAUCAUUGAUUACUCUCAAAACUCCUCCUCAGUGGACGAUCGCUGUGCCUACACUUUGUACUCCAAUUCAAGUGUCCACAUAGUGACCGUUUUCAAGGAACGUCGUCGUAGCGACAUCAUGUUUUUGGACCGUGUCUUCAUCGAGCUGCUGGACUAUGAUCUUGUCAUUCAACUGGGACCAGGUGUGAAAGUUUUGGUGAACAACACCUAUGUGGACAUCAACAGUGUGUCUGAAGAAGGGUUGGACCUCCACCAGGACCAGACUGGAGUCACAGUCACCAUAUAUCAGUCCAACUACAGCAUUACUGUCUUCUUUAAUGGAGACACUGCUCAGAUCCUCCUAACACAUCCAUGGAUGUUGGCAAGGUCAACUGAAGCUGAAAGAGGCAUAACUGAACACUCAGACGGUCUGUGCUUCAACUCCAGCGUGACUUUAAGUGACGCAAAGUCAUCUGAUUUCAGCUACGAUGGCUGUGAGAUGCAGUACAGCGAGCCAGCUGAUGAGUCCAUCAACUGCACCACAGUAACUCAACAAUGUCACUUCCUGAACGAAUCCUACUUUGAUGACUGUCACGCCGUCAUCGACCCAGAGCCAUAUAUUGCCGCCUGCAACUACACGCUAUGUCAUUAUCCAGAUGUGGAUGGUCUCAGGUGUGAAUUUUUGGAGGCCUAUGCUCACGCAUGCAGCCUGAAGCAGAACCACACAGUGGACGACUGGAGGGUAGAGGCCAACUGCCCUGCCCCUCAGGCCUUCUGUAAUGACACACACUGUGUUGAUCACGAGUUCUGUGCUGACGGCAUCAACGGUCAAAUCAUGUGCUUCUGUCGGGCCAUUUUUGCCUCCGACUUCAGGUCCAACAACACUUUAGGCGAUCCGGUGGUCUGCAUGGACGGCACUGUUUCACUCACUCUGGUCGGUUGUCUCCUGGAGGAAAAAGGUAUCCGAUACACGGACCUGCACCUCAACGACGACUCUUGCAGAGGUCAUAGGGACAUGGACCAUAUGGUGACCUUCAGACUUGAUGAAGUCAACGGUUGUGGGACGGUGGUCACGGCCAACGACAGCGUGGUUCUGUACAAGAACACCAUCACUGGAUUAAACACCUCUGAAAAUGUUGCCAACUUUGACGAAUUCCACUUGAACUUUUCCUGCUAUCAUAACCAGCCGGAUGUCCAGAGUAUAAGCUUCAGAAUCAAAGACAACUCUGUCUUCCAGCAGCUUGUAUCUGGAUCUUGGAAUUACACACUGAAGAUGAGAGCGUACGUGGACGCCCAACACAGACAACCUAUGACGUCAGACACAGAAAUUCAGUUGAACCAGAGGGUGUGGCUGAGGCUGAUGUCCGAAGGCCUGGACGAGAACCUGGUUUCCUUGGUGACCAACUCCUGCUGGGCCACUAACGGCUCAUCUCCCUAUGAAGGUCUGAGAUAUGACCUGAUCUCUAACGGUUGUGCGAGCCCUGUGGAGCCUUCAGUGAACGUGAUGGACAAUGGAGUCGGAGUGUCCAACGGCUUUUCCUUCAAUAUGUUCCACUUCACUGGAGGCCGAUAUGAAGUCUACCUGCACUGCAACCUCGAACUGUGUCCCAACCAGAGUGGAGACUGCCAGCCGAGCUGUGGUGGUCUUGCUAAGAGAAGAAGACGCAGGUCUGCCAGGUCCGAAUAUGUUGAUGAAAGCCCUGCCCUCAUCAGCAUGUCCUGGACCAGUUAGGGUGUUUUCAUUGUGACUCAAUGUGUGUGGACCCUCAAAAUCAUUCCAGACUGUCUUUUAGAAGCUGAUUUAGCUUUCCUAAGAAGCCAUGAGUGAUCAUUGUACAAUUUUCA